CCGGGGGCCCAGGCAGCACUAUGGAGGCCCCCUUAUGUCUGCUUCUGCUGCUGGUGCUGGUGGCCUCAGGGACCCUGUGUGCAGGAGACGACACAGCUGAAACCCUCAUCAUUGGGGGUAAGGAGGCUGUCCCCCACUCCCGUCCAUAUAUGGUCUCGCUGCAGAAAGCUGGUGCCCACCUGUGUGGGGGAGUCCUUGUGCACCCACGGUGGGUGUUGACAGCUGCCCACUGCGUGACCCAGCCGACCCAGCUGCUGAGGCUGGUGCUGGGGCUGCACACGCUCAGAGAACCCGGCCUGGCCUUGCGAUUGAGUGCGGCAGUCCUGCACCCCAAGUACAAGCAGCCGCCCUAUCUGGAGCAUGACCUCGCGUUGCUUAAGCUGGAAAGGAAAGUGAGACACAGCAGGACCAUAAGGCCCCUGGCCCUGCCCCCCGGGCGCCAGAAAGUGGCGGCAGGCGUGCAGUGCAGUGUGGCUGGCUGGGGGCUGACCCAGCAAGAUGGGCAGCUGGCCAGAGUGCUGCGGGAGCUGGAUGUACACGUGCUAGAUGCCCGGAUGUGCAACAACAGUCGCUUCUGGCACGGUGGCAUCACCCCUGACAUGCUCUGCCUGGAGGCCAUGUCAAGGAACUGGGCCCCCUGCAAGGGGGACUCAGGCGGGCCCCUGGUGUGCAGCAAAGGCAAGGUGGCUGGAAUCCUGUCCUUCGCCUCCCAGGACUGCACUGACAUCUUCAAGCCUCCUGUGGCCACUGCCCUGGCCCCCUACGUGUCCUGGAUCAAGAAGACCAUCAGCCGCUGGCCGGUCCCAUCUCAGGCCUGAAGCUCCAGGAUAACCCUGAUUCCCUCACUUGCGGGUCCUUCCUUGCAGGGUUAUAGGGAGGAGUGGAGAGGGGAGUGGCCACAGCUCAGAGGACCAAUAAA